CCAGUUUUAUUUUGCUUGUUAGUGUUCUCUAACUAACAGUUUUUAGGUUUAUUUACACAGUUCCAACUUAAUUUUAUUUAUUUUUUUCCAAACAUUAAUCACACCUUCACUUUCAGUCAGAGAUGAUGAUCCAUCCUGUCCAGAGGGUGAUGGCUUGGACAUUGCUUUGGACAGGGCUUGUGGUCCUGCAGUUUGUCCUCAGUGCGGCUGUAGAUGUUGAGGAGGUCCAUCACAGCUCGGUUCUGCACAGACAUAAACGAGAGUGGAAGUUUAACAUGUACUUCGCUAUGGAGGAGCUGCCAGGAUGGCUGCUUCCACAGAAAAUCGGACAGUUAAUAAACACAGAAGCCGAACAGAAGCCCUACACUGAGUUCCAGAUCUCCGGGGAAGGAGCGAAUGGGCUCUUUAUAGUGAACGAUGCUGGAGAGAUAUUUGUCACAGCACCUUUAGACCGAGAGAAGAAGAGCAGCUACAAACUGAACGCCCAGAUCAGAGACUCCCGCACUAAAGUAAGACUGGAGCCGGACGGUGAGAUUCACAUCAAAGUCCUGGAUAUUAACGACAACAAGCCGAUUUUCUCAGAUAUACCGGUCAGAUCCGUCUACGAGAGAGCAGCAAAAGGUACCGAAGUGCUGACUGUAACUGCCACUGAUGCAGAUGAUCCAAAAACAGCCAAUGGGAAUAUUGUCUAUAAACUGAUGAACGGAACUAACUACUUCAGAAUUUCAAAUCAAACAGGUAAAAUCACAGUUGAGGACAGCCGAUUGGACCGUGAGACUCAGAGUCAGUAUAAGCUCGUAGUUCAGGCCUCAGACAUGUUCGGCAAACCAGGAGGAUUUACGACCACCACCGUCGUGACUGUUAAUAUAAAUGAUAUCAAUGACAACGCGCCUGCUUUCAUUAGAGGGAUCUUCAGAUUUACAGUGAAAGAAGACGUGAAGACGGCGUUUGAAAUCGGGAAACUGACUGUGAAGGACCAGGAUGAGAAGCAGAAUAAAAACCCUAAGUUUACGAUCCAGGGAAAUAACGAUCUGUUCUUCGUGUAUCGGGACGACGAUGGUGACGGAGCUCUCAUAAUCAAAAAGGGUUUGGACUACGAGACCAACCCCUCGUACAGUUUCAUGGUGACGGUGAGCGAGACUGACGUGGUCCAGCCCCCGGACUCUCAGGGGUCUGUGGUGACCUCGGCUCGAGUGUUAGUCUCGGUUGCGGACGUUAACGAACCGCCGUUUUUUACCCAGACUGAGUACAAGUUCCUGAAGGUCUGAACAAGAACAAAAUCGUUGGAUCUGUUUCAGCCAGCGACCCAGACAGGCCUGGUUCCAAAAUAAGUUACGCCAUCAGGAGCCUGAAGUGUCCAUUAGAAAUAAACCAGCAGACUGGUCAGCUCACUGUGAAGGAAAAACUGGACAGAGAGUCUGAGGAGUCUCACAUGUGUGAGGUCACGGCACAGGAAGAGCCUCCAAGCGGACUAAUAUCCUGCGCCAUGGUCAAGCUGAAGGUUCUGGACGUCAACGAUAACGACCCAGUACUGGUCGACGGGAGCAACGUGUACAUCUGUGAGAAAGAUAAAAAAGGAGAGGCAUAAACCAGAAUGGAAACAGAUGCUGCGCACGUGCUGAAAGAUGCAUGAGGAACAAGCUUUUUAAAACCAGCACCAGCAUGAACACAGCUAGCACCACGGGGGGCCACGAGAUGCUGUGAGAGCUUUUUCAGAACAAAAAAAGGAUUUCCUUCUUCUGCAAACACUGAAGCAUGCUCAGCAUAUCAUCAUUGUAUUCAAAACACCCAUAACAUUAAAAAUGAAAAGUCUUUGCACUAA